AUGCCCCGUAAAAAGCCAUUUAGCAACAAACAGAAGAAGAAACAGCUUCAAGUCAAACGCGAGAGAAAGAGAGGUGACACAGGUUCAGGGCCGAGCAGCCGCAAUGCCAGUGUGGAGCGAGGAGGAGAGCGACAGUCGGACACCUCAGACAGUGAGACCACUGAUGUUAGGAGAAUAAAUCAGCAGCCCUCCGGCAGAGAAGGUAGAUAUGACCCCAACAGGUUUCGACUGCACUUUGAGAAGGAGAGUAAAGAGGACGUAGAAAAGAGGAAGAAGGUGGCCAGGGAGAAGGUGCUGCAGCCUGCCUUGGACAAAGAACUUGAGAUCAACAUCAAUGACAUCUACCCCUCCGAUAAAGGUCUUGGUUUCCCACGACGGCCGUCCUGGAGUUAUGACAUGACACGAGAGAGCCUGCAGAGGAAAGAGGAGAAGUCGUUCAGAGAGUACCUGGAUGACCUGCACUCCAGAAACCCAUCUGGCUCUCUCAGCCACUUUGAGCACAAUCUGGAGACAUGGAGGCAGCUAUGGAGAGUGCUGGAGAUGUCAGACGUCAUCCUGCUCAUCGUGGACAUCAGGCACCCGGUGCUGCAGUUCCCUCCAACCCUUUACCACUACAUCACAGGAGAUCUCCAGAAGCAUGUGAUCCUGGUGUUGAACAAAGCCGACCUGUGUCCUCCCCCACUGGUGAUCGCCUGGAAACACUACAUGACCUCCCAGUUCCCCCACCUGCAAAUAGUCUGCUUCACCUCCCACCCUGGACAGCCCUACAGCACAGUGCUCCAGAAGAAGAGGAUGAGGAAGAAGGCUGACUGGUGUCACGCAGGAGGUCCUUUAGAUAUCCUGAAGGCCUGUCAGGAGAUCACAGCAGGGAGAGUUGACCUAUCCAGCUGGGAGCAGAAGAUACAGAGAGAUGCUGUUGCUGAGCAACGGGAUGGGGAGCGACCCGAUGAAGGAGCAGAGUCGGUGCUGGUAGAGCAUCAAACUGACAGCGCUAUGGAAAUGGGCAGCCCAUCCCAGGAGCUCUACAAAGAUGGGGUUCUCACAGUGGGCUGCAUAGGCUUACCAAAUGUUGGUAAAUCAUCUGUUAUAAACAGCCUGGUGGCGAGGAAGGUAGUGAGCGUGUCCCGAACCCCAGGCCACACCAAAUACUUCCAGACCUACUACCUCACCCCGACAGUCAAACUCUGCGACUGCCCUGGACUGGUUUUCCCUUCCCUUGUUGAUAAACAGUUGCAGAUUCUGGCGGGCAUCUACCCAGUUUCCCAGCUGCAGGAGCCCUACAGCUCAGUUGGUUAUCUGUGCGAAAGGACCCCUUUCCUCUCUGUGCUGAAGCUCAUACAUCCCAGUUUACUGGAGGAAAAACCCCAUAAUAGAAACCAGAGGUCUGAUGAGCUCAACUGGACUGCCUGGGAAGUGUGCGAGUCCUGGGCAGAGAGGAGAGGCUAUAAGACAGCAAAAGCAGCUCGCCACGAUGUUUACCGUGCAGCUAACAGUCUCCUGCGGUUGGCAGUUGAUGGCAGAUUAUGCCUCUGCCUGAGACCACCUGGCUACAGCUGCCUGAAAGAGCACUGGGAACAUCACCCAGACCUGCCAGACAUUGUGGCUCUGCAGGGAAGGACGACAGCGGCGGAAGGAACGGGAGAGAGGGACGACGAUGAUGACGGAGAGUCCAGCACCGAGCCAGAGGAAGAGAGAGACCGGGACGCAGACGAUGAUGAGGAUGGAGAUGAUGAAGAUGAGGGGUUUGGAGAUGCAAGACGGAAGGAAGAGAAGCCAUCUGGCUUCACCGUCAACAUGUACAAUGUCCUUCGGGAAAACGAGUGUGAGUGAUGACGGAGGGAAAGACGAGCAGGAAGUUGUUCCUUUUCCCUGACUUCUCCCCCGUUUACCCUCAGUGCACUUUUCAUUCCUUUUUUCCCCCUAAAUCUGUAUUCCUUCUCAUUUUUUUCUUGCAUCUCCACUCCUCAUGUCAUUCCCUCUGUACAUUAACAUGAUCAAUUCUAAUUCAUUCACCCAUCUCCCUAUGAUAUACAGAGCAUAUUCAUGUAUUCAAUGCUGUGCCUCUGCUCUGCUUGUUCAUCCAUGAAGCUUGUUCUUUAGUGUUGCUUCCAGGAAUAGGUUUGGUUUGGUUUGAUUUUAAUUUCUUUUUUUUUGCAUGUAGUUCUCAGAAGCAAAUGAACAAAGUAACCUCCCUCAGCCUGGAUCAAUCAACCAACUGGUUUUCAAUCUCUUUAUUGAUAAGUGACUUCACAGCUGAGAUGCCAAAGUUCAGGAAAGGAUGAUAAAACAAAUCGGAUGCACUGUCGAUAUGAUGUCAUUCACUGGAGCAGCCAUUUGGCUCUCAGAGCAGCUGGAGAUUUAAGACCACGACUCUAAAUCUUCUUUAUCGACCAUAGUUUGUCACAACUUUGGUUAAAGGGUGUGGGGAUGGGAGAUAUAAGGCCAUAAAAGUGGAAUGAAUAAACCCAUCAUUUUACACACACACAGUUUUGCAGUUACCAGUAUUAUGGCUCUGUUAGAGGUUCAUUUAUCUGAACUUGUUUAUGAUUUAGAUAAUACUGUAUCUGAGAGUGAUAUUUUAUUUGGUGUGAUUCUACACAGUCAGCAGGAAAUUUCAAAAAAUGUUUGGGUGUGGGGAGGGGAGGGUUUUUGAAUCCUGUAUUGCUGGACGAGGCUGUUUCAGGAAUUUAACUUGUAGUGUUUUAACUACUACAAAAAUUAUCCUUAGAUGCUGAUGGAGAUCUACAGUAUAUAGUGCAGGAUUUUGGCUACACUCAUUCAGCAAGUUUAUAUGCUAAUGGCGGUACAGUGGGUUUGAUCCAACAGAGACUGCUAAGCAAUCAGUUACAGGAAUAGUUUGACAUUUUGGGAAAUCCGUUUAUCCACUUUCUUAGAUUCAGAUGAGAUUGACACUACUCUUGUAUCAACGUUGGAGACAAGACACGUGAGCUUAGCUUAACACAAAGACUGGAACAGCUAGCCCUUCUCUGUCCAAAGGCAACAAAACAAAAUGCCUAACAGGGCCUCUAAAGAUUAUGACUUACCACAUUAUUAUCUUGUCUGUUUAAGCUGUACAAAAAACAAAGUGUAAAAAUUAUACAUUGUGGUUUUAGACUCCAGGAAGUUACAGAAACCGGCCAAGAAAUAGUCCACUACAUACCCCUGGAAAACCCUGUUUUUGUUUUGUAUGGAUUAAAGGACCAGUGUGUAACAUU